AUGCUUGAUGAAAAUUUAUCAUGCUUGUUUGAUGAGAGUGAUGAUGAGUGGAAGAAGAAAAAAAAAAAAAAAAAAGAGGAGGGAAAUAUUCAACAGGAUGAUAAGAAAAGAAAUGAAAAGAACGUACAGCAAAAAAAUUCAUCCUCUUCAAUAUUAAAUUUUAACAUUAGUAAUAUAAAAAAUUUGGACAAUUUUUUUAAAAGUAUUAAUAAUGAAAAUAUUAAUAAAAGUAAGAAUAAUAAUAAAUUAAGGAGUGUUGGUUUGGAUCAUGUGGAAAAUAUAAACAAGGAAAGGAUAGAUGAUAAUAACAAGUGUCCAUAUGAUAAUACGAUAUCGAAUAUGUUAAAUAAAAAGGGUGGAGAUAAUAUCCAUGCUACAAAUAAUGAAAAUACAAAAAAACAAGCAAUCCUAAAGAAUAAAGAAAUAAAUAAUAAACAUCAUCAAGGUGAUAAAAAAUUCUUAGAUGAUGAAUAUAAUAAGGAUGAAAAUUGUUCUUCAUAUGAAGAAAAAAAAAAACAAAGAUAUAAUACAAAUACGAUUAGGUCGAUAACAUAUAAUGAUAGAAAUAGAAAACAUAAAUAUAUUAAUAAUGAUGAUAAUAAUAAUAAUAAUAAUGAUAAUAAUAAUAAUAAUAAUAAUAAUAAUAAUGAAGAUAAUAAUAAUAAUGAAGAUAAUAAUAAUAAUGAAGAUAAUAAUAAUAAUAAUAAUAAUAAUAAUGAAGAUAAUUAUAAUAAUAAUAUUCAUUAUUGUGAUACAUUGAUCAAACAAAAAAAUAUACAAAAAAAAGAUGAUAUGUAUAUAUACACAAAGGAUAAUCAUAUGAAUUCAAACAACGGUAAUUCUUUAAAUAAAGACCCAGGAAUUUUAAAAAAAAAAAAAAAUACAACAAAUGAAACCAAUUUGUAUAACGAACAUAUUAGAACAAAUAAUAGUAAUAAUAACAUUUCUAGUGAAAAAAUAGGGGACCCAGCUAUUUCUGAACAAUAUGAGAUACAUGAAAGUAACAGAACCAAGCAUAUGACAAAAUUAACAAAUGAUAUGAAAAGCUUUUCACCAAUAUUAAAUAUAUGUGAUAAGUCCAUCAUUCAAAAUGUGUCUGUUAAUGUAGGAGACAAAACAAGUAAUUUAGAUAUGUUUAUAGAAUCGUACAAUAAAUCAGAAAUGACGAAAAAAAGGAAAGAUAAUAAUAAUAUUUAUGGUAAUAAUUUAGAUUGUAACAAUGUGUAUAGUAAUAAUAUAUGUAAUAAUAACAUGUAUGAUAAUGAUAAUAAUGAUAAUAAUAACAACAAUAACAAUACCAAUAACAAUAACAAUAAAAAUAACAAUAACAGUAAUUAUUAUAAUUAUAAUAAAGAAAAGGAAUUAAUUUUUUGCUUCUCAUUUAUUAAAUAUUAUUCAUGGAUUAAGGCAUUACAAAUUUUAAAUAUACCAAUAGAUUUUUUCCAUCUAGGUAUAAAUUCACAUAAAUAUAUACAUAAGAAUAAAUCAGAAGAAUCUUUUUUAUAUAAAUAUAAUAUCCAUAAUAUAUUAAAGAAUAAACAUUUUUCUAAUUAUAAAAUUGAAAGGAUGAUAGUUCUGGUUAAAAACAUUAUAUGUCGUAAUCAUGGAUAUUUUCUUAUUGUAAUGGACCCAUCUGGACAAAUGCCCGCAUCAGUACAUAAAGAAGUAGAAAUUGAAUAUAAAAAACAUAUAGAUAUAGGUUCAACAUUAUUAUUAAAAAAUGUCACCAUUUUUGAUACGAUUGACAAUUUCCCUUAUUUGAUCGUAACACUCAGAAGUCUUGUACGAGUUAUUAAACCUGAGCAGACAGAUGCACUAACAAAGGAAAAAAUAUUCAAACAAAUAUAUUUAUAA